GGAAAUGACGUGCGCGCCGAAGUUUCUAGCCGGAUCGAGACCCACCUCGCAAGUCAUGUGCAGCCCUCCAUUUGUAAUGACGUAUUGCAGCCUUUCACUUCAAGGACCAUGGAAAUGGACUGCCACUGCAGACUUCCAGGUUGUCUAGAGUGUAAGGUAAUCAUUCAAAUAAUCGACGAAAGGGCUCUGAGAAGCACUGAUAGAUGAACGAGGACUAGAAUUGACAAUAUGGUGUGAGCCUCCUGGAGUGGUGGCCCUGGAGUUCAGGAGGGGAGUGAAGGGACCCCUGAAAGCGCAGCCUCAGCCUUACCAUACACAGCACUGGUGCAGCAUACUACUACUAGAAUCUCGAAAUUUCUAGGCAUGUCUUCCCCCUCCACCACAAUUGUUCGUAAGACCCAAAGCGGAAAUAUCAACAGCCUCUAGAAACUUCACUCACGAUCAUACCCCGCUCCUGAUGAGUCGUCACGCCUUUUCGAGAACUUUCAUCCAUCCCUCCUUCACGCGUAUAAAUGUACCCUCCUCAUGCGCCCAUUUACAUUCCCUGCGUUCAUCAGACAACAAUCAGCAUACAAUUUCAUGACUAGCACUUUGCGAAGACUACCACAUCGAGUUCUCACAACAACCUCUCGCGUCACCAAGCCAACAACAACAACAACAAAAGCCUUCAACACUACCACCCAAUCACGCAACAUGGCUCUCUUCCCACGCUUCGGCUCUGCAUUCGGACCGUACCGGCACGAAAUGCAACCAUUCUUCAAACUCUUCGACGACACCUUCUCGGAGCUGCAAAAGAUCCAGGACACGGCCCAACGCAGCUUCACGCCCAAGUUCGACGUCAAGGAAGCCAAAGACAAGUACGUCCUCGAGGGCGAGUUGCCUGGCAUUGAGCAGAAGGACGUGACCAUCGAAUUCGCCGACGAGUCCACCCUCACCAUCAAAGGCCGCACCGAACACUACCGCGAAGAAGGCCAGAAGCCGUCUGCUCAACAACAGGGCCAGGGCCAGCAAGGAGCAGAACAAAAGCAGCAGCAAGAGUCCUCUAGCACAGAGGUCGCAACCACCGGCAGCAAAGAAGUCGGCAAACACGAGCCUCAACACACAUACUGGGUCUCGGAACGCAGUGUCGGUGAAUUUGCUCGGAGCUUCGCUUUCCCGACCCGCGUCGACCACGAGAACGUCAAGGCCAGCCUGAAGAACGGCAUCCUCAGCGUCGUUGUGCCAAAGCUGCAAAAGGCUCCCGCCUCCAGAAAGAUUGAGAUCAACAACGAGUAGAAAAAGAAGACGCCACUUCAGCUCUGCAGCCAACCAACUUCAAGAUGGCGCAACACCGAGUUUCUUCAGCGCUGCCUUUUCUCCUGUACAACAACAACAACAACAACGACGACGAACAACUCCAACAACUCCAACAUCAUUCCUUUGACAUACUACGGAGAUACGACUAUCACGAAUUCACGAGCUUCAUGUAAUCAUUCCUUUGCAUUGUCAACUGGCGUUUUCUACUUGCUGCACGGGCGUGAGCUGUCUCAAGGGCUAGCGUUACUUCUCAAACCCACCAAAAAAGAACUCACAAGCAUAUCUCUGGCAUUCCUACAAUAGCUUCAGAUAGUUUGCUCUAAUCAAA